GACAGAAGGAACCCAAAUAGAGAGCCCGCGACCUGCAACUUUUUCCCGCGGAAAGCCCGCACGCGCCGACCGCGCGAAGCACACGCACGUGCGUGCGUGCGUGCGUGCAGUUCGGCCGAGUUGGGGCGAGCGAGCGUUGGAAGUUGUACAGUUGCAGCUAGCUGAGCUCGCGGAGCUCGCUAGCUCGCGGGAUUAUUUACUGCUGGGGGCAGCGGCGCUUCGCGCGGAGCCGACUUUUCACUUCUCCUGCACUGUUUCUCGGAAAAGCAAUACGCGAUACUACGGGCCUCCGUCGUAGACCUGGGAAGCGUCCGCCCGCGGGUUCGGUCCAUCUGUUCUUCAUGGCUCCACGGUAGGACUGGGAGCCCGAGCACGUCCACCCGCCGGCGCCUCCCUCCAGGCUCUGCAGGGAGAUGUCGAUCACGGUCCGGUGACGGCUGCCGAUCGAUGCGCCUGACCUGCGAUUCCAUGCCAUUCGCACACCUGAGGGUGGCGCCCGCCUCAGUCUUGCGUGAUUGGCUUCUGGAUGGAACUGAGGUGGCUCGACGGUCCAAAGAGGAAGCGGAAGAACAGCCAAUGUGCCGUGAAGAGCAUGUCAGCGCUCAGCCUCUCUACUCCAGGGUACGUACCCAGCUAUCUGGAGAAGGACGAGCCGUGCGUUGUCUGCGGGGACAAGGCCACUGGGUACCACUACCGCUGCAUCACAUGCGAGGGCUGCAAGGGCUUCUUCCGCCGGACCAUACAAAAGAACCUUCACCCCUCGUACACGUGCAAGUACGAUGGCUGCUGCGUCAUCGACAAGAUCACCCGCAACCAGUGCCAGCUGUGCCGCUUUAAGAAGUGCAUCGCUGUUGGCAUGGCCAUGGACCUGGUGCUGGACGAUGACAAGCGAGUGGCCAAGCGGCGUCUUAUUGAGGAGAACCGGGAGCGGCGGAGAAAGGAGGAGAUGGUGAAGACCAUGCAGACCCGGCCGGAGCCGACCCAAUCCGAGUGGGAGCUCAUCCGUAUCGUGACGGAAGCUCACCGUCACACCAAUGCCCAGGGCUCCCACUGGAAGCAGAAGCGCAAGUUCUUGCCCGAAGACAUUGGACAGUCCCCUGUGGCGCCCACCUCGGACGGAGACAAAGUAGACCUGGAGGCCUUCAGCGAGUUCACCAAGAUCAUCACGCCUGCCAUAACCCGUGUCGUAGACUUUGCCAAAAAACUGCCCAUGUUCUCUGAGCUGCCUUGCGAGGACCAGAUCAUCUUGCUGAAGGGAUGCUGCAUGGAGAUCAUGUCCUUGCGUGCCGCUGUGCGCUACGACCCUGAGAGCGAGACGCUCACCUUGAGCGGGGAGAUGGCCGUCAAGCGAGAGCAGCUAAAGAACGGUGGUCUUGGUGUGGUUUCCGACGCCAUCUUCGACCUGGGCAAGAGCCUGGCGCAGUUCAACCUGGAUGACUCGGAGGUGGCGCUGCUCCAGGCCGUGCUGCUCAUGAGCUCAGACCGCACGGGUCUCACCUCUGUGGAGAAAAUCGAGAAGUGCCAGGAGACGUACCUGCUUGCGUUCGAACACUACAUUAAUCACCGCAAGCACAACAUUCCACACUUCUGGCCAAAGCUGCUGAUGAAGGUUACGGACCUACGAAUGAUCGGAGCCUGCCACGCCAGCCGUUUUCUGCACAUGAAAGUGGAGUGUCCCACCGAACUGUUCCCUCCGCUCUUUCUGGAGGUGUUUGAAGACCAGGAGGUCUGAAGCCUGACUGGAGGGUGGAAAGGGACAAGGCGGACAGCCUCUCCGAACUUAAGACAGCAAAGAUACCAGCAGAAGUGAAAAGGCUUUACUGUUGUUUGGACUUUCUUUUCUUGCCGUUGGUUUUCAAGGGUGGCCCUUAUGUCAUUGAAUUCGGGUACCUAAUCAUAGUACAGGCACCGAUACCAAUGCGCAUUUCACUACACACAGACACAAGGUGGCCCUCUUUGCAACGCUGCUGCCGUUGCAUCCAGUUCUACCAGUUGCAGUAUUCCAGACCGAUCCGGCUCCGUAGCGGAAGUGAUUGUUCUGGGAAGUGCACAGGCAAACGCACGCAGCAGAAUUUUGUGAAAAGCUGUUCAGAGAAUCUUGACGUGGCACUCUCGAGAAGAAGUCGUGUUAUCGCUCCCAGGCCGUCUACUUGUCUAGAUGUCUUUACUGGUCAUACUUAUGAAAACUAUUGACUUCUGGGGUGUUUGUGGUACACGUCACCGUUCUUCAUCCCCCCUCCAAAGUCAGUAGCAGUAGUUUUUCCUUCGAGAUGUGUUGGCCUGGCGCACUGCACUUUCCAGGACGUUGCAUCGUUCAAGCAAACUUCAGUAUUCACAGCACUUAGAAUGUCACCUUUUUGGAAGGUCCUGGGAUCACGUCCAUAACAUCGAUCCCUCCACGCUUGCACACGCUGUUUUUAGAAUUUGGUGAAAAGCCACAUUGGUUCACAUUGUUGUCUCGUAACGUUUUGUUCUCAAGUGGGUGGCUGUGUGGCCAAAACUACGGGUCGUUCUCCCACCCUCUUGCUCUCAGACCACAUCCACACCAUACAAACCUCUAGGAAUCAAACCUGCAUUUACUGUACAGGCCAAAGUUCUGGGGCCGUGGCCUACUGGCACGAAGCCCAGAGCAGAUCCUCGUUAAGGCAGGCUCCACAAGCGCUCCGACUUGCUCAGGGCCAGCGCCACGGGGGUCACUACCCCAGCGAGGGCCCCAAUAGCUGAGGUUCGAGCCCUGCCUCUGUACUGAUAGGUUCUACCUCACCUCAGGGCAGCUGCUCAUAAACCACAUUUACAUAUUCACUAACAAACAGUAGUAUACUCAGUCCUGGCACAAAGUUUUACUCUUUGUUGAACCGCUAGUUUACACAGACAGUGGUUUUAAAACCACUGAAACAUGAGGGGCCACCAUUUACUGUUAUGAUCCUUUUGGUUUUUAGGCUAGCCUAUCGAGCUCUUUUCUUUCGGAUGGGUGACCUUGGGUGUUAGUCAAGUUACCCAGCAUUCUGCUUCCCUCACGACGUACAGCCUCCAACCAAAAUGUUGAAACUCGUAAAACUGCAAACCAGUGGGAUGUUCUUGAGGAAAACUGACAGCUCCACACAGCGUUCAUCGAUCAGCCGUUUACGGGGAAGACGUGGUCGGCUGAUGGACUGUGGCUGAAAGGCAAGGUAUUCUGCUACCAUCGCAGCUUCGCCAGGCUCGGUCGUUCGUACCACGUGGACCAUUUGCAGAAAACAUCCACUUCCUCUCUUAACUGUGUGACGGAUCAACCCAUGUCUAUGUCACAGAGCCUUCUUGGAGAAAAAUGAAACCCAGCAUCCUCUUGGGAAUCCCAGGCAUGUUGUCAAAACUUACAACCCAUAAACGCCAUGUAGGCUCCAGUACCCAAGACACCGAUUGCACUUAGGAUGACCUUUGUCAAAAGGAGGAAUAAAAACAUCCCUCUAUUUUGUCACUCAGAAAUAGUAGUCCAUUAAAAAUUUGGUUGGCCAAAUUUAAUUUGGUUAAGGCAAGCAAAAUUAUGGACAAAAGGAAGUUUCCCACCUUUACACACAAACGAGAAGGGGGUGGGGAAAACAGACAGCAGCAGUUUUUGAAAGUUUACAAGCGCGAAUGAGGGCAAAACGGGAUGAGUCUUUGCCCGCGACCCCAAUUCGAACGAAACCGAAAGCACUUCUGUUGUUCCUCCUAUCAAAGUAUCACUGUACUCUCUCCUUGAAGGAUGAAUGUGUCAUGGUCUGCCAUAGCUUCCUUGCCUUUGCCUCUCAUAUUUGCGGAGGAGGAAGAAAACACCAGAAAUGUGUGUGUCUGAAAUCUCUGUAUGGUAAAUGAAAUAUGUGAACCUACAGAGUAAAAAGGAGUUUUUUUUUUUUCCUCCCCAGUUUCAUAACCAGGCUGUUCCUGUGUGACAUUUACAGCUACAGCUGCUGCUUUUCCUUAAAAAGAUGAAUUUAAAACCCUUGUACACAAAUUUUUUAAAUUAUUCUAAAACUUAAGAACAAUGAUCUGCACUUGGAGACUUUUUUUUUUUCCUCAUGUUCUCUGUGUUUUUAAUCUCUAAUUCUUGUCUGCUCUGUGUUAACACAGAAAUUGUCACUUUUGGUCAUGCGUGGAGUGUAACCUAGACUCGAACGUGACUUUAUUUACCUCACACCCUGCUUUGUAUUGAUAAGCCAGCUGUUUUUUUUUUUUUUUUUGUCCUGUUCUUUAUGUCAGAAGGAAUUUGCAACCCUUGUAAACAGAAAUAUAACCUCAAGGAAGAACUGAAAUUGCAAAAAUAACAGUGACAAGCUGAAACAAGUACUGAAACACAAUCUGCUUAUACCUCACACAACAUGUAGCUCAGAAAUGUUGGACAAAGAAUUAUGCGGAAGGGUUAUGCAGGCAUGUGCAACGUGCGAGCAAAACGUUUCCUAGAAAUGAGUAAACGGGCAUGUCUACGCAUGCAUUUGUGCCGAUUACAUUAGAAAAAAAACCUCUUUAGGUUUGGGAAACUCGUUAUUUUAGAACCGCAACGGUACAUCCCCAUUUGAAUUGGCACGAUGCUGCUCUAUUGCCUCCCGUUGCAAGGGAUUGUGGGAACGAAGCAGCGGACAGUGUUCUGAAACCGGCGCAGCGCCUCGUUGAGAAGAUCCUGCCAUCCUUCGAUCUCCAAGCAGUUCUGUCCCAGGGUGCAUAGCACCAGGAAGCCUGAAGAGGUUAUUUUUUUGUGUAACGGUUCGGUUUUGAAUGUAGAUGAGCGGACUGGGCUGCAGACGGAGCCCAGAAACCAAAUGUCCCUUUGGGUCAUAUGACCAGGCAGCACAGAGCAUCAAAUCAGCAGUACACACCAUACAUUAAGUAUUGCCCAUCUGCCAGAUACAAAACGUGUUGUUUUAUCUCAUUUAUGUGUUUGUUUGUGUUUUGUUUUGGCCAUAACUAAGGAUGUAAAGGCAGAUACAUGAAAUAAAGUUUAAAAGUAUAUUUAUGCUGAGGGCUUACAUGCUGUUUGAGACUUGUCGGUCAUGCUGUCGGCUGUUUUACUUUAAAUAGUAAAUAUGAU